AUGUCUCACAAUGUUGUUGUUGCUGGUGCCAGUAGAGGAAUUGGUCUAGCUCUUGUAAAGUACACUCUGUUACAAAACGAUAAAUCCCACGUCGCUGCAGGCGUCCGUACGCCAUCAAAAGCUACAGAACUAGCUGAAUUAGCAAAGAACUAUGCCGGCCGUCUGCAUAUUUUUACCCUGGAUGUCGACAGCGACGACUCCAUCAAGGCCUUUACUGCAUCGGUCACAGCUGCUUUCCCAAAUGGGGUUGAUGUGUUGAUUAAUAAUGCUGGAGUGCUGCCUGCUCCGACAGCUACUCUCGCUGAAGUAACUCGCAAGGACUUUUUAGACGGAUUUAACACCAAUGCCUUAUCAUCAUACUACGUAACUGUCGCUUUCCUCCCACUGUUAUCAAAGAGCAACAACGGCAAAGUGGUGAACGUAUCAUCUCUCUUGGGCUCAAUCGGGGUUGCAGCCGAGACAAUCGCUUACGGGGCUACACCAGCAUACCGUGCUUCUAAAGCUGCUAUGAAUAUGCUGUCUGCUGUCUUGGCUGCCGUUAAUCCGGAUGUCACGAUUGUUACGUCUCAUCCUGGUGUCGUAUUAACUGAUAUGGCGGCAAGUGCCGGAAUCAAAGAGGGCUUUCCCAAUUCUAUUACUACUGAAGUGUCGGCUACGUCUCUAUUGAAGGUUAUUGAUGGUUUAACGAAAGCUGAUAGUGGUAAAUUCGUUAGCUAUGAUGGAACUACUUUGCCUUGGUAA